GAACUGACGUUGCUGGUCUGGCUGUGGAGGAGCGGAGCGGAAUGUCGGAGAGAGAGAUAAAGAGAGAAACAGAAACAGAGAGAGAGAGAGGGAGAGAGAGAGUUCGGGGAAAGAGAGAGAGGAGAUCUGUAGAUCUGAGGAGGAUCUGAAGAAGAAGAAGAGGAGGAGGAGGAGGAUCUGCUGGAGGAGUUGUGGAGCUGAUCUGGAGGAUCCCGGAGGUUAAAGAUCUCCACUCCAGUUUCAGUCCACCUGAACCACUGUUGGGUGUCUUUCAAGUACAUGGCAAAUCAAAGCUGACACCAUGGCCCAGAUAUCCAGUGGUAAUGGAUAUAAGCUGGACAGGUCUGCCUCUCCGUCAGGAGCUCGGCCGAAGGGAGCGGUGGGUAAGGAGGAGGCUCUACGCAUGGAGGAGGAGGCUUUAGCCAAACUGCAGCGAGAAAAGAGACCCACCCUGCCGGCCCCAGCCUCGUCCCCUAAAGCGCUCCCUAAGGCCGGAGGGACCUCCACCGGCGCCGGCCGUCAGGAGAGAGAUCUCAUCGUUUUCCCCGAGUCGGAGGCCAGGAAGAAGGCGGAGAAGGACGCGUUCGCGGAUAUCGAUGUUGAGAAGUUGACCAAUGAAGAACUGGAGAAACUGCUAUUGGAUGAAAACUUUGGAGCGAGUAAAAUGACCAGGCCCUCGUCUCUGCUGGGCUGCAGUCUCAGUGCGUCGUACCCGGGGGGGCACGCCUUCAACCCAUCACCAUUUCAAUGGACUCCCACACUUUCAACUCCAUCAAGCUCUAGCCUGUCCACACCAACGCACCCUCAGACCACUGUCUUUCCUACAGCACCUUUCCCCAAACCUUCCUGCUCAUUCCAGAAUGGCUUUACUCCAGCUAUGCCACCUUUCAUCCAUCACCCUGCCCAGCAGACCCCCUUCCUCUCUUUUACUACCAUCCCGCCUGCUGCUCCUUUGGUCUUCCAGCAGCCUGCAGUCCCUCCAGAGAUGGCAAAGCUCUUCGACAAAAUUGCCAGCACCUCGGAAUACUUGAAGAACGGCAGGUCUUCCAGCAUGGAUGCAGAGUUUACCAGCAGCAAGUCUCUGGAACCUGUUCCCCAGCCACCCGAGCCCCCAAGCAUCAGCCGCUUUGAUUGGCUGGAUCUGGACCCUCUCAGCAAACGUCGAGUAGAUGUUGAGGAGACCCCCAGUGCACAUGGUGGGUCUGCUGUGGAUGACUCUGCACCUGCAGGGGAUCCCUGGGAUGCAGUCCUGCGAGAAGAGCCUGAAGUCACUGCCAGCAGCAGUCCUCCAGCACUAGGCCAGCACACUGUGACCACUCAGCACAGGAGAGCAUCUACAGGAAACGCCGUCAGCAGAAGCACCUCGCUCAACCCUCAGCCCAGUGCUUCCUCUCCCCAGAGUAAACAGGGUAAUGAGAAAAAUGUUAAUGCUCUCAAAAAGUAUUCCAUUUUACAAGACAAGGAGGCGCAGGACCUGGAAGUUGUAGCUUUCUGUGAAGACGUAUCACAACUGAGGUUAAAGUUCACUCAUGAUGACCUCUCUACCAACCCUGGAUAUGCUCUCAGCCCUGUGAUCUCCCAGAGGAAUGAAGCAGAGCAAAGCAGCAGUGUGAAAGUCUCCAUUGAGAUUUCUGAGUCCCAGCAGCCGGUGACCUUCACCUGUGAUGUAAGUUCACCAGUGGAGCUGCUGAUAAUGCAAGCUCUUUGCUGGGUUCAUGAUGACCUGAGUCAGGUGGAUAUCGGCAGCUACAUCCUCAAGGUCUGUGGGCGGGAAGAAGUUCUGCAGAAUAAGCACAGCCUGGGCAGCCAUGAGUACAUGCAGAACUGCAGGAAAUGGGAAACUGAGAUUAAGCUGCAGCUCCUCGCCCAGAGCACCAUGAGGAGAGAUCUGGCACGAACGGCAGAGGAUGACACCGCACCCGUUGACUUGGAGAAAUACCUUGGCCACAUUGAGAAACCUCUUAAGGAGAACGUCACAAGAGAUAUCCUUGCAGAAUAUUUAGAGGGCUACAACAAUCAAGUCAACCUCCUCCUUCAGAAUGAGAGUACCCAAUACAAAACGGUUGAUUCAGUAAUCCAUGCUGUUAAAAAUCUGUGUUGUUCGCUGGAUGAGGUGGAAACACCAGCAAUCACUGAAGCUGUGAAGAGAUUAAAGCACGCAGUCAACCUUGCUAAAUCCUGUUCCCCUAAGGCUGCUGCCAAAUCCGCUCAAUCAGACGGUUACAACAGCCCGGUUAGGGACAGUGUGGAGGUGCUAUCGCGUGCGGUGUAUGUAUUGGCUGCACUGUACGUGCGCUCGUUCUGUCCCGCCUCUCCUGCUUAUGUGGAGCGAGAGCCUUCAGAGACCCAGAGAGACAGCAGAGAAGCUUCCGGCACCACAGAUCACGUGCAGUUCACGGUCUACGCUGUACAUGGGAUUUACGCAGCGUGGGUCAGCAGUUAUGAAAAAUACUAUCUGACGUGUGCCCUGACGCACAACGGCAGGAACCUUUUCAAGCCUGUCCAGUCCAAGAAAGUUGGAACCUACAAGAGCUUUUUCUAUCACGUCAAAUGGGACGAACUGAUAAAUUUCCCCAUAUCUGUGGCGUUGUUACCGUUAGAGACAAUGUUAAAUCUCUCGCUCUACGGCGUUCUUAACCAAAACGCCAAUAACUCUCCUGAUUCCAACAAGCAGCGUAAAGGCCCGGAGCUCCUGGGAAAAGUCUCCAUGCCUCUGUUUGACUUUAAGAGGGUGCUGUCGAAUGGAACCAAGCUUCUGAGUUUGUGUAUGCCUCAGCAGUCUUCUCCAGCGGGAGCUGGUGGGAAGAGGAAGAACCUGACGGAGAGAAUCGUGCUGCAGGUGGAUUUCCCCAGUCCUGCAGUAGAUGUGCUCUAUGUGGGCCCCCAGCAGACGAAGUGCCCUGACCCCAAGUCUCUGGAGACGCCUGAUCCAGACAUCUGGAGGAGAAUAGAGAAGCUCUGUGCGCGGGCAUCUGCUUUUGGGCUGACUCGGGCGGACAGGCAGCUGCUCUGGGAUCACCGACACCACUGCGGCGCUCACCAGCACAGCCUGCCCAAGAUUCUAGCCAGCGCUCCCAGCUGGGACUGGGGCAGUCUGGGGGAGAUCCACGGCCUCCUGCACCACUGGCCCUCCCUCUCCCCCGUAUCUGCUCUGGAGCUGCUGGACUCAAAGUUUGCAGAUACAGAAGUUCGGAAUAAGGCUGUGAGCUGGAUCGAGAGCUGCAGUGAUGAUGAACUGACGGAUUAUUUGCCUCAGCUCGUACAGGCCUUAAAGUUUGAGUGCCACCUGAAGAGCUCUCUGGUGAUGUUCCUGUUGUCUCGAGCACAAGGGAACGUCAACAUCGCUCACUACCUGUUCUGGCUGCUCCGGGAUGCAGUGCAGGACCCAGCGUUCGGUCAGCGCUACAGCCUGGUGCUGGGGGCUCUGCUCUGCCUGUGUGGUACCAGGCUGAGGACGGAGCUGGAGAGGCAGACCCGGCUGGUGCAGCUGCUGGGAGCUCUGGCCGAACAGGUGCGGCAGGCCAGCAGCUCAAACCGACAGGUGGUGCUUCAGGAAGGCCUGGAGAGAGUGCAGUCUUUCUUCCAGAGGAGUAACUGCAGACUCCCCCUCAGCCCCAGCCUAGUCGCCAAGGAGCUCAACACAAAAACCUGCUCCUUCUUCAACUCCAACGCCGUGCCGCUGAAGCUCACCAUGAUCAACGCAGACCCUCUGGGAGAGGAGAUCAAUGUCAUGUUUAAGGUUGGGGAGGACCUGAGGCAGGACAUGCUGGCGCUGCAGAUGAUCCGGAUCAUGGAUCGGAUCUGGCUGCAGGAGGGGCUGGACCUGCGCAUUGUCAACUUCAAAUGCAUUUCUACUGGAAAAGAUAAAGGUAUGGUGGAGCUGGUCUCAUCCUCAGAAACAUUGAGGAAGAUUCAGGUGGAGUACGGAGUCACAGGAUCCUUUAAGGAUAAGCCUCUGGCUGAGUGGCUACGCAAAUACAACCCUGCUGAGGACGAGUAUGAGAAGGCUUCAGAGAACUUCAUCUACUCGUGUGCAGGCUGCUGCGUGGCCACCUACCUGCUGGGCAUCUGCGACCGCCACAACGACAACAUCAUGCUGCGCAGCACUGGACACAUGUUCCACAUCGACUUCGGCAAGUUCCUCGGCCACGCCCAGAUGAUCGGGAGCUUUAAAAGGGACCGCGCCCCGUUUGUCCUGACCUCUGACAUGGCCUACGUCAUCAACGGUGGGGAAAGACCCACCAGCCGGUUCCAGCUGUUUAUUGACCUGUGCUCCCAAGCCUACAACCUCAUCCGCAAACAUUCCAGCCUCUUCCUCAACCUGCUCUCUCUGAUGAUGCAGUCAGGCUUACCUGAGCUGACAGGUACUCAGGACCUGAAGUACGUGUACGACGCUCUGCAGCCUCAGACUACAGAUGCAGAAGCUACAAUCUUCUUCACCAGGUUGAUCGAGUCCAGUCUGGGCAGUGUGGCCACCAAGUUCAACUUCUUCAUCCACAAUCUGGCCCAGCUGCGUUUCUCUGGCCUGCCAGCCAACGACGAGCCCAUCCUGUCCUUUUCUCCUCGCACGUACACGCUGAAACAGGACGGCCGGAUCAGAGACGCCUCCAUCUACUCCUUCCAGAAGAGAUACAACCCUGACAAGCACUACACGUAUGUAGUGCGGGUCCUGAGGGACGGACAGAACGAGCCCCAGUUUGUUUUCCGCACCUUUGAUGAGUUUCAGGAGCUACACAACAAGCUGAGCAUCCUGUUUCCUCUGUGGAAGCUGCCGGGUUUCCCCAACAAAAUGGUGUUGGGAAGAACUCACAUUAAGGACGUGGCGUCCAAGAGGAAGGUGGAGCUGAACAGUUACGUUCACAGUCUGAUGAGGAGUUCAGCCGAGGUCGCGCAGUGUGAUCUUAUCUACACGUUCUUCCAUCCCAUUGCACGAGAUGACCGGACGGAGGGGGUGGAUGGGUUUCCUAAAGUACCAGAGGUAACGCCGGUCAGCCCCGCCUCCGGCCGCGUGGGGGGGGAGGUGAAGCUCUCCGUGUCGUAUCGGAACAGCACGCUCUUCAUCAUGGUGAUGCACAUUAAAGACUUGGUGUCUGAUGAUGGAACAGAUCCAAACCCAUAUGUGAAAACGUACCUACUUCCAGACCCACACAAAACCUCAAAGCGCAAAACCAAGAUCUCUAGGAAAACUCGGAAUCCAACGUUUAACGAAAUGUUGGUGUACAGCGGCUACAGUAAGGAGACGCUGAAGCAGAGGGAGCUGCAGCUCGGUGUUCUGAGCGCCGAGUCUCUGAGAGAGAACUUCUACCUGGGCGGAAUCACCCUCAGCCUGCAGGACUUCGACCUGAGCCAGGAGACGGUGAAGUGGUACAAGCUGACGGCAGUGCCGUACUUCUAGACUCCUUCAUCAUCAUCAUCACCUCCUCCUCCUGGAUCCAGCCGGGGGUCUGAAGAGAGCGAACCUCCCCCUCGUGACGCUGCAGCACAUUUCAACCCCCUGAACUCUUAACGUCUUACUGACGCUAAUCAAGGUCCACUCCUUCUCAAGCAAUACUCGUACUGAGCUCCAACUUUAAUAAAUGCUAUAUUUUCUACUUUUAUGUCGUUACAGGACCAAAUCGAAGUGGACAAACCUUUUAAUUCUUAUUUUAGCUACUUUAAUGCACACACAGCUCGUCUCAACCCUGUAGAAUAGAAAAAUAAAUACUGCCAAUAGAUUAGGACUCCAUGAUAUUUAAUCUAAUAUCAGCCAGUAUUGAGCUGUGAAGCAGUGGAGGAACUGUGUUCUCUGGAAUGAUGAUGGAGCUCCAUCCAGUUCUUUAGCUGGAGAUGAUUAUUAUAUGUUUAUGAUUAUUCUGACCUCACUGAUCGCAAUCAGAUCCUCACAGCAAUGCUCCAGAAUCUAGUAGAGUAGAGACAGUAGUUACUCCAAAAAAAGAGUUUAUCCUGGUUUUUUUAAUACCCUUAAUUCAUUUCAGAAGAAGCAAUGAGUAAUGAGUGAGCAGCUGCCACAUUAUUACUACAGCUGUUCUUGUAGUAUAAUAAGGCGUCUGUGUGUAAAAUAUACACGUGUAAUAUAUACACUCACACAGUGCUGUGCGGAGGUUUCGGGCACCUGUUAAAAUGAAAAUAAUCCCACCUCAUCUUCACUGCGUUCUGCAGAACUUAAAAAAAUCUAUAUACAUUUCCUUACAUUGUAUUUAUGUUUACCUGCGUCUGUUCUGAUGUGAUUGGAUGUUUUUUUUUUUUGUUUUUUAAAGCAAUAAGAAAUUUACUGCGCAGAUAAAGAAUAGGUUUUGAUGAUGUGCUGAGGUGCCUGAAGCCCCGGCGCAGAGCUGUGUGUUUAGGUUUGUAUAUGAGAGAGAGAGAGAGAGAUAGAGAGAGAUGUAUUUUUUGUUUUUAUAAAGUGGCUCAUUUUUACACUCUUUACACUUUUUUCUUUUUUACACAGUAAAAUAGGAAACUAGUCAAGAAUUUCCUGAUCUUGUGCCAAACUGAAACAACUUGACCACUUUUCUCCCCAGGGAUCAGGACGGGGGGCCUUCACAGGACGGGAUUCACUAUUUUCCUACAGUCUUUUGUAUUUUCUGUGUCUCAGUGCUUUGAUCUUCCUCUGCAGGAGAAACUCAAGUGUACUUUCAGAUCAGAUGAGAUCAGCUGAGCUCCUGCUGCACGUUACUCUGAGCGCUGAACUCUAAUUCAUCCUCUGAUUCAAGCCAUCGAAACUCUGAUCUGAUUCCCCUUCAGUACAGCCUGGACUCUGUUAUUAUUAAUAACAGUGAAUAAUUAUUGUGUUCUCUCUUUUUAAAGGGAAUAGCGGGAUUGACUAGACGCUGCUGCCUCUGUUCAGAUUUAAUGAGUUAAAUCAAAGUAAUCACGAGUUAUCUGGAAAUAUUUUUAAAUGUAAAGUAUUUAGAAAAUCAGUCACUUCACAAACAGGACUUGAUUUCAUUGAUAAUUGUUUUUAAAAAAAAAUUGAUGACUGAGUUUAUCAAGGCCAGUUAUUUAUUGUUAAUUGGUUAUCUUUAACCUGGUUUAAUCGGUAUGCACUGUUAUCUUUUUCCACAUAAGCCGAAUUAAAUGUCUUUGAACAUCGUC